GUCGGUCAAGCCAUGUCCAAGGUUUCGUCAAGCAACAAUCCUAUGAGCCCAACAAUCCGCAAAGAUCAACAGUUCCCAACGUUCACUCGCAGGAAAUGUGUGGCUUUGCUAUUUUGGGUCUGGACAGAGGUGGUGAUGAUGGUGAAAG